AUGGUUGAAGAAUCAAAGAUGGAAUUGAUAGUCCAAACUCCAAAUAAUACCCUUUCAUCAAUUCCAGAAGGGGAAACCAUUGGCGAGCAGGACCUACUACUUAUUGAAAAUACACAGAUGGAUUUUAUGCCAGAGUUACUGCCGCAAGAAUUGGUACAAUACCAUUCUAUCAGGGAGAUGCAGAAGCCAAAUGACCAAACUAAGAAGUGGACAAGAUUGGAGAAGAAAUCCAACAGACCAAACAGAGGGAUUGUGAUAAAGGAAGUGGACUCUAGUCAGAAUUCUCUGAAGAGAUUUAGAGAGGAGGAUGAUAAGAUGAACUUGUCAAAUCCUACAUCCCCCGAAGCUGACAGAGAUAAGAAGAAGAAGAAACUUUUCUCUGAAGAGCAACAUGUCAAAGCUGCUGGCAAAGAUAAAGGGCCAGAAGAGUUAGCUGAAUUUCAAAAUUUUAUUGCUAGAAUUGGGAUGUGUAAAGUGAGUAUGCAAGGACACCAAUUCACUUGGUGUAACAACAGAAGAGGAAAGGACUUCAUUGAAGAAAGACUGGACAGGGUAUUUGCAUCAUAUGAUUGGAUAUUCCAAUACAAGAAUGCUCUGGUCCUCAACUGCUUGAAAACUGCUUCAGAUCAUAGCCUUCUAGUAUUAUCUGAUGAUGGGCUCAACAUUCCAAAGAGAAGGCCAAGAUUUCAAUUUGAUUGCAGAUGGAUUGAGAAAGAGGGCAUUUUGGAGGUGGUGCAAGACUCAUGA